CCUGCAGCUGGUUCAGUCAGCGCAGCUGAGUGAGACAGACAGACAUACAUAAGCAGUCAAGUGCGUGUGUCAGUCUGAGGGAGAGAUUGUGGUAUGCCAUUUGCAGUCUGAGGAGAGAGCUACCGUGUGUCAUUUGCAGUCAUGAACUUGAAGAUUAAGCUUGGUCUGCUUGCUGCGCUGGUGACGGCGUACACUUGGAGGGACACCUUCGACCCGGAGAGCGUGAGGGGGAAGCGGGUGCUGGUGACGGGGGCGAGUAUGGGCAUCGGGGAGCAGAUGGCUUACCGCUACGCUGAGCUCGGGGCCCAGAUCGUCAUCACCGCACGCAGCCAAAACUCACUCAAGAAGGUGGUGGAGCGGUGCUUGGAGCUGGGGGCACAGAAGGCCCUGUAUGUGAUGGGGGACAUGUCGAUACCCACCGACCCGGAGAGGGUGCUCCGAGAGGCAACAGAACUACUGGUCUCCACUACUCAGUGUCUCCACUCUGCUCUGCUUCUUGUCGCCUCCCCAGGUAAGAUGACGACUCCGUUCGCGGGGCCGUACGCCUCCACGAAGUUCGCUCUGGGCGGCUUCUUUGGCACCAUGCAGCAUGAGCUGGCGAUGCAGCAUAGCAACGUGUCCGUCAGCAUCGUCACCCUCGGCCUCAUCGACACACAAACCGCCUUGGACAAGAUACGGGGUUACACGGACGUCACCCCGUGGCCGGCCAGCGAGGCGGCCCUGCACAUCAUCAAGGCGGGGGCGACACGGCAGACGGAGACCUAUUACCCAUGGUUCCACUGGCUCACCUGCUUCUUCCGAGACUGGUUCCCUGCACAGAGGGACAUGAUGAUCCGGAUGUCCUUCAGGAUACCCCAAAACUGAUCUCACAGACGCAGAGAUGUACAUAACACUCGAACUUUACCAUGACAAGGCCCCCCACUAUGCUGAUACAUUCCAUCCAUUUUUUUUUGCCAGAUGGAAAAUGCUGAAUCAUUGUUUUUGGGAGGAAAUGAUCAUACGAGAUCCUAAUUGUUGUAUCAAGGCAUCUAAAUGGACUGAAUGACAACUCUGAAAUUAUCGUAUAUCACUUUUUUUGAUCGAACAGAGUACAAAAUAUACAGAAUUGUGGU